AUGCCUCACCCCGAUGAUGCUUUCCCCAUAACCCAAAUCAUGGAGGUACACGUGCGGACUGCAGAGGGUUGUGUGAGGAGGUUCACGGACUGCGUCUGCCCAGUCUCUGAUGCUGGCAAGAAGAGCCAGAAGUGGGACGAGAUGAACAUCCUGGCCACCUACCAUCCUGCCGGCAAGGACUACGGCUUGAUGAAGAUUGACGAGCCCAGCACGCCCUACCACAGAAUGGUGGGAGAGGAUGAAGACGCUGGCAGCGACACCGAAGGCGGUGAAGGCCUGACGGCAGAUGUGCUGGCGACAAAGUUAGCAGCCGCAGCAGAAGGGAAGGGACCAAAGAUCUUCGCUCGACAAGAGAGCAGCGAUGAAGAGGAGGAUGAGGAAGAGCUAACUCCGGAAGAGCUCGAAAAAAAGAGGCAGUUUGAGAUGAAGAGGAAGAUGCACUAUAAUGAAGCUCAGAACAUCAAACUUGCCAGACAGCUGAUUGAGAAGGAACUGCGGGGUGAUGCGGCCCCUGAAGAGGAGGAGGAAGAUGAGGAUGAAGAGAUGACGGACGCGGCAGGCUCAGGACGAAUGAGCCCGGAACUCGCGCCUGCGCCGGCUGAUUCACUGGAGAACGUGGCACAUGGCCGAGAAGAAGUCUGCUCGGGACUCUAACGGCUCCUCCUCGGGCCGUCUCUCUGUAUUCACUGCUUCACUGCUCGGCAGUUUUGGCUCAAGGACUGAGGGGCAUAUCCGCUCUGACUUUUGUAUUGCCAAGAAGGGUGGGGACUGCUGGCGCUGGUCUGUUGGGCAGGUGGAGACUCUGCUGAGCUGGCUUAUUCUUGUGCCUCUUCGCAGGGGAAGACCCCGUCUGUCGUCUCUGUCACCUGCAGAAGAAUCUGGUGACCUUGGCACUGGUGGCCUCCUUGGCACAUCCAUGUUGCUCCUCUUUCUGAUUCUGAAACAUGCAAAACAGCCACUCGGGUGUUCUGUUUUGUUCUUUUUUAAGGGGUUGCAUGGCUCGGAAGGGCUGGUGGCAUCGAUGUGCCAAACUGUACAGCCAAGAAUAAUUGCACAUGUUCGAACUUCUCGGCAGUUUGCAAAAUCUACUAAAGAAGGGAUUAGAUGAAUAGAGUAGUUCUCCUUUUUGGUAGAGUUUUCUAGCGCGCACCCCCCACCCCCACCCCACCCUUGUUAAUCAGGCCAGGUGGUAUGGCACCGAGGUGUUCUGCUCAGCUGGCUUCGUAAGAGAAGGGUGCUGCAUUCAUGUUGGUGGCUAAGAACGGAGACUGCUUUUGGCAUGAUCUGCGUGGUUCCCGGGCCCUCCCCUCCCCCCCCCGCUUGGUGUGGGAUAAUCCAAGUCCGAACACGGUGGGAAGACUUCAACAUGCAGCCUUGCUUUGUCCCUCUGUUCUGUGUGUGGUGGGCUUGGGUUUAGACUUCUGCUUUGUGGCUGCUGCUUCUUCUUCAUCAUGCUGUUCCAUCCAGCCCCGUGCGCUGCCCGAGAAUCCCUUGGACUUGUGCUCUGCCACUUGGGCGAGCCCCUCUGGCCCAUGUUGACAAACGCCCCUCGCUCAGAUGAUCCCCCGGUCCUCUCUGCUCCUCAGGGGGGCUGGUGGCCUCUUCUCUCUUUCUUCCUGUGUUAGUGGGCUUGGCCAGUCCAGCUCUUAGAGAAGCUGCAAGGAGCACUGGGGCGGGGGGAGGCUGAAGGACUUCGUGUUGCAGACCCCCCGGGUGGUGGCGUCUGACUGGAGGAGGGCAGGCCUUUGCAAAGGAGAGCUGGGGGUUUGGUUUCAUGCUCAUUCUAAGUACACACGCGUGCACACACACACACACACACACACACUCCCGCGUGUCAAAGGCUCUGCUUUGGCUCUUUGUUCCUUGGAUUUGGUUGGGAUUUGGUAUGUUGACAGCUCCAUACGGUUUUAUGGAUCUACUUUAAGGUGACAUUGUUUACCGUUUGUGUGUGUGUGAAGUUU